AUCUCCAUUUCUUCCUACUCGCUCUUGGCGGAAUAUCCAAGGAACUAAGAACACUUGAACGCCAUGAAUGUACUGCUUAAUCCAGAGCCUUUUCUCUCUCCAGUGAACACCAUUUUCCCCAACAAACCACGAAACUCCACUCGCUUAUGUGUUCAGCCAUUUCCUAAACUCUUCACCGAAUAUCGCCAACGUUGGGUCGGGCGAAGGCAUUCUUCGACGGUGAAAGCCACGUUGGAAUCGGCCACUAUCGAGCAAUUCGGGAUUCCAGAGUUCGAUGAUCGGAAUCCGGCGUUGUCUUCUUCGUAUCGAAAUCCGGCAUUACCGAUGCCCAACCAGACGGUGUUGGAAGCCCAAGCUAGGGUUUGCACCGGCCCAAUGCAGACUCGACCACUCGAUGAACAACAAGCCUUCAAGGUGUUCGAUACAAUUCUAAGAUCAGCUAGGGGAGAACUCAAAGAUGAAGAGGAAGUUUCUAAAGCGCAACUCGGGGCGUUUUUCGCGGGGAUGACGAUCCGUGCGAAUGCCUUCCCAGAGGCAACCCAAUGGAGUGAAGGGGAAACACGUGCACUGAAGACGUUCUGGCCACUUCUGGUUAGAGCUCUUCCACCUGAUGUAGUAUUUGUGGCGGACCCUGAAGGGUUGAUGAUGGGGGUGGGAAGUUCAAUUGGACCGCAAUAUGUUGGCAAGGGCACCAGUGAAAUGAGACUGGUUGGUGCUCUUAGGGAGGUGCUGGCUGGAGGCCAUCUUGGAUUUGAGGAAGUCCAAGGUGUGUUAAGGGAAGUUCUUCCCUUCCAAGAGGGUGGUGAAAAGCCUCAAGGUGUAAGUGAGGCUUUGCUUUCGGCUUUUUUAAUUGGUCAACGCAUGAACCGGGAAACUGACCGUGAACUAAAAGCAUACUGCCUUGCAUUUGAUGAUGAAUUUGGCCCUCCUCCUGUUGCUGAUGUCAGAUCAUUGACUCACUAUGGUGAACCUUAUGAUGGGAACACACGCUUCUUCAGGAGUACAUUAUUUGUUGCUGCGGUUAGAUCUUGCUAUGGAGAAUCUUGCUUGCUUCACGGUGUAGAAUGGAUGGCACCUAAGGGUGGUAUAACUGAAGAGCAAAUCUUGAAGUUUAUGGGGGCAAAUAUAAGCUUAUCCCCUUUCGAGGCCAAGAAACUUCUCGAGGAUGAUGAAGUUGGUUUUGCUUAUGUAAGUCAGCGUGAAGCACGCCCAUCUCUCUACUCUCUAAUUAGGAUAAGGGAGCACAUAAAGAAACGCCCUCCGCUUGCAACAACUGAAAAGGUUCAGCAAUAUGUAAAGGCAAGAGGUAAGGAAGCAAUUGUUGCUGGAUUUUAUCAUGAAGGUUACGAAGAGCCAUUGUUAAUGCUCAUGAAAAGAAGGGGUGUACAUUCUGGUUUGGUAGUGAAGGGAGAGGAAGGGGCUCUCUCAAUGACUACAAGAUUGCGAUCAGCUAGUACAACUAAGGGACUUCCGGUGAACUUCUGUUCAGGGUUCCGUUCACUUGACAAUUCAUCCACAUCUGAACUUGGUGGAGUGACACGUCAAGGUUUUAGUCUUGAGGUCAAUGCCAAGGACUAUGGUUUCCAACCCACAGACACACCAAGAACUGAUAGAUCCGUCUCAAAGAACAUUGAAUUGGGUUUAGCAGCUCUCUCUGGAGAAAAGGGACCAGCAUAUGACCGAAUUGUCUUGAAUGCUGGAAUGGUGGAUCAUUUGCUUGGAGUUGAUGGCGCAGAAGACAUAUAUGUUGCCCUGGAUAGAGCCAGAGAGGCCAUUGACAGUGGGAAAGCUCUGAAACGUCUCCUAAAUUAUAUCAAGGUCUCCCACAAAGUGGGUUGAAUUAGUCCCAAGUUGUUGAGCAUUGCAUAUAACGUUUCUUGUACAAUGAGCUGGAUACGUGAGGGAUGGAAGGAAAAAUCUCAAGCUGGUUCCUUUCGAUCCCAAAUAAUGUAAUUAAAAAAAAAAAGAGAGACUAGAGUUGAUUCAUUUUACCCUUCAGUUUUGAGGUUUUGGUUGCCUUUGUACAAAACUCACCAUCAUACUUGGAAACAACAUAUAAAUAGGUGACAUACUAAUAGUCAAUUUUUAGAAAUUU